GGGAGCUGGUUGACGGCCGGGACUCCAUUUUGUUGGCGGCUACUCUGCUCGUCAGUCGCCCCUUUCCGUGGCUUCUCGGAGGCGGAAAGUUGAGCCCGGGGAAAAGUUUGGAGGACGGUUCUGGAACUCCGUGGCUCAGCGUAGCGCGUCUCCGUUUUCUCUCCGCAGCCGACGCCGACCCCGCGGUUCCGGAGGAGCGAGGAGGAUGCGGCCCCUGGACAUCGUCGAGCUGGCGGAGCCGGAGGAGGUGGAGGUGCUGGAGCCCGAGGAGGACUUCGAGCAGUUCCUGCUGCCCGUCAUCCACGAGAUGCGCGAGGACAUCGCGGCGCUGACGCGCGAGCGCGGGCGCGCCUACCUGCGCAACCGGAGCAAGCUGUGGGAGAUGGACCACAUGCUCGUGCAGAUCCAGACGCAGGUGGAGGCCUCGGAGGAGAGCGCGCUCAACCACCUGCAGGGCCCGGGCGACGGCGCCGAGGGCCGCGGGGCGCGGCGCGGCGAGAAGGCCGAGGAGAAGGCCAAGGAGAUCGCGAAGAUGGCCGAGAUGCUGGUGGCGCUGGUGCGGCGGAUAGAGAAGAGCGAGUCGUCCUGAGCGGCCGGCGGUUUACAGCCAAUGGAUUCUGGUCGACUGGUGGAGAUUGGCUGACACCCUGGAGAAGCUGAAACCAGAGAGCCUUUUGUUUUCCCCCCUUUUUUUCUCCGUCUACGCUCUGUCCUCAUUUACACUACGUUUCUGCUGUGGUCUGUGGUUGAUGACCUCAAUAUGAGUUUUGACUGUUGGAUGUUUUCGUUUGGGGAAGUAACUUUGAUUUGGGAAAUGCCCCGACACAGAAGUGGGCCUAGAUUGUAAGCUCUUGCAGCAGUCGCAUUGUUCCUGGGCUUUGGUUAUUUCUGAGUUUUGAGGUGCUUUGCUCUUUCUUGUGCGACCUGAUAGCUCCCUGGAACUCGGGGUCUGUGUGGGACGCCAGGCCCGGAGUUGGAGGUCUCCAGCUCUGCAGGACCGAGGGCUGCUCGCUGCGGGGAGAGGACUCCGUGCAGCAGCGGCCCAAGAAGCUGAGGAAGGGACCGGACUUCCACCGGCGCGGACGGGGCUGAUCUGGCUGGGACUGGUGAAUCCGAAGGCGGAAGAUGGCAUUGUCUGUAUUUUGGGACUUGAAUUUCUGUGUGAGACCAAAGGAGGAGAGAUGUAUUUUGUUCAAAAUUUAAAUUUUAUGUGGCACACUAUCCGAUGUAACCUGUCUGGUCAGUUUGUUUGGACAACCUAACUCAGCUUUAUUGGACGAGGAACCUAGGUGGGCGACGAGAUCUUAGUAUUCUGUACAAGUUGGUGUAAGACCCUGAUGCAUUUCAGGGGAUGAAAUGAAAGAGAAAUUUGCAAAAGCCUUUGAGGGGCUGGGAAAGGAAAGCAAGGACUGUCUGCAUUGGACCCUAAAACGGACAGGGAUCUUUAAGGUUCAUACGAUGUCCAGCUAUCAGUUCAUUCGAGUAGCAGACCUGACAAGUAUUUGAGGUCAAAACCCUACCAUGUGUUUUAAAAAAAGUUACCAUGUUAAUAAAAGUAUUCAUUUGCUUGAAAAGA